AUCUAUUUAACCUAGAAAACGCUGACUAGAUUUCCCAAGUGCCUGUUCUAGUUUUUUUUUCUCGACAUUGGUUUCUCUCCCCUGAACCAGUGCAUGCCCUUGUAUAUACGACCGUUCUUCUACUUCUACUUGUAGAUGGUGCACGUAGGCUUCGAACUUCUUCUGAUUAUUAUGGUUUCUUGGGAAUAUGCAUCUCUUGGAAUGGACUUAAGCGAGGCUUGUAUUCUUAUCAAGGAUAAUAGCACAUCUGUAUUACCCUUGCCUGAUGCUUUUCUUGAAUUUCUGGAGGAGAAUGGUCUGGAUUCAUCGAUAUAUGUUGGUCUGGAUACCAUUCCGCGUUAUAUAAGAUUAAAACCUGGUUAUGAAUGGCAGCUCACAGAGAUUGAAACUGAGCUAGAUUGCAAGCUUGAGGCAGUAGAUUGGCUACCGGGCUUCUUUUUCAUCCCAUCGCAUAUUCAAAUUGCUGGAACAAAAGCAUACAGGUCGGGAAAGAUUUAUGGAAUGGAUGCAGCAUCAGGGGCUGCUGUCAUGACCUUGAAUGUGACAUGUGGAGAUCAUGUCCUUGAUUUGUGUGCAGCCCCAGGUGCCAAGCUCUGCAUGCUUGCUGACUUGCUUGGUAACUCGGGAACCAUUACCGGUGUAGAUGUUGCACGACACCGAUUAGCUGCCUGCCGCACUAUGUUACAGAAAUAUGAACUUGGGGAUCGGUGCCGCCUUUUUGUAGCUGAUGGAUCAACAUUUUCCCUUGUUCCUACAAGAUAUCAUACUGAUGUGAAAAUGUGUCCUACUGAUGGCAAGGAUGUGGAAAAUACAUUCAGAGAGUGGACGUCUAAGAAAACAUGGACAAACCGAAAGAAUGCGGCUAAACGAAAAAUGGCAAACAGUGUACAUACGCCGCUAGAACCUUCAGAACCCGACUUGAUAUUUUAUGGUAGAGAUUCUGGUGUUGUUGGCAUGCAGAGGAGCAAAGUAUUUCAUAUAUUAGAUGCCACUGAGAGCUCAUCUUCUGGUUAUGAUAAGGUGCUUGUAGAUGCAGAGUGCACUCAUGAUGGAUCAAUCAAGCACAUUCAAAAGUUUGAGUAUUGGGGGUGGUCAACUUUCCAGCGCCGAGUACUUGACCCAAAUCGAAUGCAAAAUUUGACAUGUCUGCAACUGGCACUACUUACAAAUGGCUUCAGAUUAUUGAAAAUUGGUGGUUCUCUCGUAUACAGCACCUGUAGUUUAACAGUUGCACAGAAUGAGGCUGUGGUUGAGCAGUUCCUCUCCAGAAAUCCAUCAGCUGAACUAAUGAAGGUCGAUUCUGCUGAGACGUGGCGCUGUAGAAGUGGAGGAAUCCCCCUAACCUUGCGAUUCGAUCCCAAAACAUCCCAAACCAGUGGGAUGUUUAUUGCAAAAUUCACAAAAAAUCCAUCUUAGUUUUUUAUUGCCAUGUGAAUAUGUGAUUACUCCUUGACUAGAUAAUUUUCUCAACAGAUGAAAUUAAUCAUUUUUUAAUGCUUCUCUGAUGAUGGCAUAAAUGCUUGCUAUUCCUCGGAGAAAGUGUCAGUAUUUGAACUAUGCAGUCUACCUUCUGAGAAAUUAUUCUGUGCGGAUGCCAAAUACUAUUCACCAUUUGGAGACCAAUCAGAAUGCGUUAUGUUAGUAGUACCGAACCGGGUACCGAACAGGAGAUGAUGUGGCAUAUUCUGGUUGGUCUCCGGACAAAAUUUGGUGUCUGCACAGAAUAGUUUUUCCUACUUUCUUGAACAUGAGCUUGUCCCGUUCAUGAUUCCAGGUUCGAAAUUGUUCUCGGCCAAAUCCUCAGAACUUUCACUUUUCUAAUGAUGAUAAAUUUCUUUAAACAUUCUGUUGUUGGCAGGAAGAACAGGCAUGGAUAUAAUUCACAUAGUUCCUUGAAUAUCUUGUGUAUAUUUACCAGAAGCAUAUAGAAUUAACAUGAGAUGCGCAUUAUUGAGUUUGUGAUU